GAGAGAGAGAGAGAAGGAAAAAAGAAGAAGAAGGGGGCCUUCUAUUCACUUUUUGUUGCCCUUCUUUUGUUUCUCAAUCUUUUGCAAGCAAUUGUCUUCUGGGUUUUUCUGGGUUAGGUUUUUAUGGAAUCCCUUCUCACAGAAUAUUGUAGUUCCUUGAGUGGGUUGAAGUUUGACCAUGGAUCGAUUUCGAUCCACCCGAAUCGUAUCAUUAAUGGGUUCAAUCAUGAUGCCGAACCCAAUACCCCUAUUUCCAAUGCAUCGCUGGUUUCCGGUAGCUUGGAGGUGGAAUCUCCAGAAGAUAGUGAUACCUCGAAUUCGCUUCUCAAGUUCAUAAGUGAGAUCCUCAUGGAGGAGGACUUGGAGGAGAAAAACUGCAUGUUGCAGGAUUGCUUGGCCGCCCUCCAGGCCGAAGAAAAAAAUUGGCGUGAUGUCCUCUACCAGAAGGAUACCCCUUCAUCAGAUCAUUCAUCCCCUUCCGUUAAUCAAAUCUUCACGAGUGGAUAUGAUCAUUAUUCCCCUGACAAUAGCAAUUCUGAUGGUUGUUACAACUGUGCGAUUGUAUCAAACCAUGUCAAGUUCAAUGGAGUACGCGAGCAGGGUAAUUGCAAUGUCCCUCGUGCUGCUGUAGUUGAUUAUCUUGACUCAUGUAGUGGAAUACAAGCAGCUAAUGAGCUCCUUUUAAGUAGGACUACGGAUAUUCUUGGUGUGGGGAGUAACCGGACAAUGUUUCCGGAACCAAAAGAAGUAAUUGAUCAUGCUGGGUCAGAGGGUGAGGGAAGUCAGUGUUCUCCCGACAGGGAAAAGAAAAGUCACGGACGGGAAGAUGGAGAGUACCAACAAGGAGGACGAAGCAACAAACAGUCGGCGAUUUUCGUGGAAGAAGAGUUUGAUGAACAAGCAGCUUUGUUUGACAAGGUAUUGCUUUGUCAAAGUGGAAGAGAUGACCAAUUAUGCCCUCUUUUCGAUAACCCAGAAAAGCGAGAAGAUGAAGAGUUGCAGCGGAAUGUAGCAUCAAAAGGAUCCAGUAGUAGCAGCGGCAGCAGCAGCAGCGGCGGCAGCAGCAGCAGCAGCAUCAGCAGUGGCAGCAACGGCAGUGGCAAAACAGCACGCAGGAGGAAAAAGGGAGGCGAAGGGGAUAUGGUGGAUUUGUGGACCCUUUUGACUCAAUGUGCACAAUCAGUGGCAAGCAAUGAUCACCGAAGUUCACAUGAACUGCUCAAACAAAUCAGACAGCAUUCUUCUGCCUUUGGUGAUGGCACCCAGAGGCUGGCCUAUUAUUUCGCCAAUGGCCUUGAAGCGCGUUUGAUAGGCACAGAGAUGCCAUCCUAUUCGAUGCUCAUAGGUAAUGGCGCAUCUGCUGCUGAAAUCCUCAAUGCCUACCAGGUCUAUGUCCAAGCGUGCCCCUUUAAAAGGAUGUCGAAUUUCUUUGCAAACAGAACAAUCCUGAAAAGGGCUGAGGAAGCACAAAGGCUUCACAUUAUUGAUUUUGGCAUUCUCUAUGGCUUCCAAUGGCCCUGCCUCAUUCAACGUAUAUCGAGAAGACAAGGUGGCCCUCCCAAGAUCCGCAUGACGGGUAUUGAGUUCCCGCAACCUGGGUUUAGGCCCUCGGAGAGGGUCGAGGAAACUGGGCGACGGUUGGAAAAGUAUGCCAAGAGAUUCAACGUGGACUUCGAGUACCAUGUGAUUGCGAAAAAGUGGGAAACCAUCGAAUUAGCGGAUCUGAAGCUUGAAGGAGACGAGAUGACUGUAGUCAACUGCUUGUACAGGUUGAAGAACCUGGCCGACGAAUCAGUGUCGAUGAACAGUCCGAGGGAUGCAGUUUUGAAUCUGAUAAGAAGGAUUAAUCCGGAUAUAUUCGUCCAUGGGGUGGUCAACGGCUCCUAUAAUGCUCCUUUCUUCGUCACGAGGUUCCGAGAAGCGCUGUUUCAUUUCUCUUCGCUGUUCGAUAUGUUUGAUGUGAAUUUACCUCAGGAGGAUCCCCAGAGGAUACUCUUCGAGAAAGAGGUGUUUGCCAGGGACGCAAUGAAUGCCGUUGCAUGUGAAGGUUUUGCCAGGGUCGAGAGGCCCGAGACGUACAAGCAAUGGCAGGUCAGAAAUAUGAGGGCAGGCUUUAGGCAGAUUCCGUUGGAUGAUGAGAUAUUCAGGAAAGUGAAGAAAACGGUAAAGGCGCAGUACCACAAGGAUUUCAUCAUAGAUCAUGAUGGAUAUUGCAUGCUCCAGGGUUGGAAAGGAAGAGUUAUCCAUGCACUGUCGUGCUGGGUACCCGCUUAGAGAUUGUGCGCGCUUUCGGAGUAUGUUUGUAUCUAUUUUUUAUUUUUAUUUUUACAGAUUGUGUUUUGCUGCUAGAACUGAUGCCAUGUAAAUCCUAGUUCCUUACUGCUGAGCCUAUUGCAGAAUAUUUGGCCUCUGGGUAAAUGUAAUGUAAAUACCUUCUUCAUUUUCGUUUCAAGCUAAGGACAAGACUAUCAUGGUCUUUUGUUCUCCUAA